AUGCUCAAUUCCCGCCUACGGCCCCUCCCCCGCCGCAACUAUCCCACCACCAUAAAUGAAGGUCCAGCCCCGGCCCCAGACUUCGAAAACAAAAAUGAGCUAGAAGAAGAAGAAGACCAAGAAGAUCUCUUCAGCGCCUUCCUCCCUCACCUUUUCCCAGACGAUGCCCCAGCCUUCCACGGCGACCCAGGCCAACAUCUCCUCUACUCCUCCCCCCGCUAUGGCAACCUGGAUAUCAUGGUCCCUUCCUACCCAAGCUCAAGCGAGAAGCGUUCCGAAGAAAUCGCCGCGGGUCUAAAGAAGGAGGAUGGGACCGUGAACCAGGUUGACAAGGGCCGGAAGCUAUUUGCGCAUUUCCUCUGGAGUGCAGCUAUGGUUGUUGCGGAGGGAGUCGAGGAGGCCGAUAUGCCAAUUGUGGAAGGGGAGAUAGAGAGUGAGGCUAGGAGGGAAGCGAGGGAGAUUUGGGGAGUUCGCGGGGAGAGUGUUCUUGAAUUGGGUGCUGGCGCUGCCCUCCCAUCAGUAAUCUGCGCCCUAGCAUCCGCCAAAACUGUCGCCGCAACGGACCACCCCUCCAGCCCAGCCCUAAGCGGCGCAAUCACCUUCAACACAAAGCACAACCUAUCAAACCGGACUCCAGCUGUAUCCACAAACAUAAGCAUGCACCCGCACGAAUGGGGUGUGUUGACAGACGCCUUCUCAGCCGCAAACAAAGGAACCUUCAGCCGGAUCAUUGCAGCGGAUUGUUUCUGGAUGCCUGAGCAGCACGAGAACCUAACUCGCACUAUGCAGUGGUUCCUCUCGCCUGGUGGUAAGGUGUGGGUUGUUGCGGGCUUCCACACUGGGCGUGAGAUUGUGGCGCGGUUCUUUGAGACGGUCGUUCGUGGGGGUUUCGUUGUCGAGAGGAUUUUUGAGAGGGAUACUGUUGAGCGGUUGGAGGAUGGGGGUGAGAUUAGGCGCGAGUGGAUGCCUGUGAGGGAGGAGGAGGGACCUGAUAAUCGGAAGAGAUGGUGUGUUGUUGCUGUUUUGCGGAGGGGGGAGUAG